GUUGCGACAGAGACGGAGAAUUCGAACGACAUGAAUGUAGAAAAUAAUCAUACGGCAGAAACAGAGAGGGAGCAAACGAAGAACGGCAACGAGACGAUCACCAUUCAGACUACACUUGGAGAUGAAGAUGAAGAUGUGCACAAGUGCGGACGCUGUCAGACCGAGUUUUCCACGCUGGAGGCGUUCAUCCAGCACAAGCUGCAACAGAACUGCAAGCGUGUGGAUGCACGGGAGGCGAGCAGCGAGGACGCCAGUCAGGAGGUUACUGCAGCCAAUGGAAAUUCUUCAGAGGUAAAAACAGCUGAAGGUGCAUCCUCAGAUGAACAAGUGAAGACCUCUAAUGAUGAAAACUGUGGUCUGUUGGGUCGAGGUCGCAGGAAGAAAAUCGUUUCACCUAAAGUAGCCGACCAGUCGGAUGGGACUGAAGGAGCCAUAUCUGACAAUGCUGACAAUAACAAGCAUGUUUACAAAGUCAACCAAGAGGGACGCUACAUUUGCCAACUUUGUGAAAAGACAUUUAAAACAACCAACAUCUUGAGAACUCACAUGAAAACUCACAGCGACCAGAAGAACUUCUCAUGUGACUUAUGUGGGACCUCCUUUCGCACAAAAGGCUCACUGAUUCGUCACAAUCGUCGUCACACUGAUGAACGGCCGUAUCGCUGUAACCUAUGUGGCCAGUCCUUCAGAGAGUCAGGUGCCCUCACCAGACACCUAAAGGCCCUCACACCCUGCACAGAAAAGAUACGCUUUGUUCAGUACAAGGAGAUCUUGGUCAGCAAAGAUGGAGUACAGAAAGGAGUUGAAGAUGAUCACACUGCAGUGGCUGGCCAGCAAGAGGUGGUGGUUGUGGAGCAACAGCCAGACGAGCAGGAGAUGGUGGAGGGUCAAACUGCCGUCGUCAGUGUGGUAGAGGCUGGUUCCCAAGAGGUCCUCCAUCAGGUCCACUUCACAAUGGAGGUGGAUGGAACAACACAGGAGCAACAGGUUGUGGUAGAGCAGUCUCAGGCAGAGGCCCUGGCUGCUGCUGCAGCAGCAGGCGACAGCCUCAUCUGCCAGGCCAUCAUCAACUCUGGCAUUGCGCUGGGGACAGAAGAAGCUGUGGUUGAGGAGACCUCACAGGCCACCGAGGAGAUAAAUAAAAUAGAUUCUGACUGUCCUGAUGCUGAACAGGGUAUCACUGAGAUCCAGGUCAAAGAAGAAUUUGUGGAGGUGGAGAUGGAGGCAGAGGCGGAGGCAGAGGAAGCAGGUGAUGGAAAUGAUCAGACGUCACCAAAAUUGCACACGUGCCCACACUGUAAUCGCUCCUUCAAGGGACUAAAUUACUUCCGCUUUCAUGUCAAGGGUCAUUUGGGCUACAAACCCUUUAAGUGCACACUGUGCCACAAGGAGUUUCUGACUGGCUACCUGCUGAAGAAACACAUGGAAGUCCAUUUCAGUGAGAGGAGGUACAAGUGUGGUGAGUGCGGCAAGCUGUACAGAACCAUUGGGCAUGUACGUGAGCACAUGAGGGCCCACUCAGAUGAAAGGCCCUACCACUGUACCAGAUGCAACAAGGGAUACAAGACAAAGAAUGCCUUGCAGGUUCAUCAGCGGACUCAUGGUGAUGAGAAACCGUAUGUUUGCCAGUUCUGCUUGAGAGGCUUCAGGGAGAAAGGUUCUCUGGUGCGACAUAUCCGCCAUCACACCGGAGAGAAACCUUUUAAGUGCCCGAAGUGCAACCGAGGCUUUGCUGAGCACGGGACUCUCAAUCGGCAUAUGCGCGCUAAAGGAGGCUGCCACAAGGACGAUUCCAGCGAGCAGCAGGAUGCGGUCACUGAGGAGCAGGCGUCGGUGGACAGCCUCGCUACAGCGGCCAUCAUCUCAGAGGAUCCUCAUGCUGUCCUGGUGGAGUUCUCGUCGGUGGUGGCAGACACACAGGAGUACAUCAUCAAGACUCAAACAGACGAGGAUGUGCAGGAAGAAGAGGUUACACUCAUUCAAGACGGCCAGAAUGAGAUGGGAAACCACAUCAUGAAAGUGGUGCAGCGCAUCGUCAGCCAAUCACAAGGCGCCGGCGGCACAGGCAGGCACCAGAUCAUUGUGCGCAAUGUUGCGGUGAAUGAGGAGGGCACGUCCAUCUCUGACUGCGGGGACACCAUCACCAUCGCUACGCCCGAGAGCCUGACAGAGCAGGUGGCCAUGACGCUGGCCUCCGCCAUCAGCGACGGCACGCUGCUGGCCACGGCGGGCACCGUGGAGACGGCUGACGGAACUGUUACUAUGGUUACCACAGAGGAAGCGGUGGAUGAGGGAAUACAGAUGGUGCAGCAGCAAGAGGAGUAUGUCAUCACCUCCCCAGAGGAGGUGGAGAUUCAGACUGUCAUUGUAUGAUGGACGAAGACUCUAACGCAAAACAACGGCCAAAGUGUUUAUCAGGUUUAUAGUUAAAGAAGCGGAACAACCUACAAAGAAAUGUGCAUGUGAGUUUGAUGACUAGCAAGACUAGCUCUAACGUGUGUUUAAAUUCGGGGAUUGACUUUUUAAAAUGAAGCACUGCUCGCUAAUUUUGGAACUUUUAGGUGCAUACAGCUUAAAAGAAUAACUAACUUGAUUAAUUUUGUAAGGGUGAAGUUCUGCACAGAUGCGUAUGUGUUCUUAGGUGGUGCAAACUGAACAUGUCUUUGCCUUUUAUCUGUCGUAGCCUGGUCUCUUCUUCAUUACUGCAGUCAAAAAGUGAAAUUCCUUCUUUUCUGUUACUGCCCAAAGUGGCAUCACAUGAGUGUAGUUUUCACUUCUGCUCUCUGAUGUCCGUCGACUUUUGAAACUCUUCACCUCCGCUUUGAAAUGUGAUGCCCUUUAAAGACUCACGGAUGCGUGUGCGUGCCAUUUAGGGAGAGGAUAAACUGAACAGUGUUGCCCUCCUGAGCUGAUCAAUCAUGAUGCAUCUUUAAGCAUGACGGAUACACCAGACAUGAAAAAUGUGUUCACUUUAUUCGAGCAGAGU